AUGACUUGCAAGAAGUUUCGCGCGAGGAAAGCAAGCUUUAUUGCCUUCGGAAUCAUUGCAUUCUCCGCAUUCGCACAGUCUUCUGAAUUCCAAGAAGAUGCAGGGACGCGGACUCUUUCUCGAGCAGAAAAUGACAUUGAGAUUGUAGAUCCAGCUGCUGAGGCUUCUAGGGCGUACAGACAGGCCCUAUCCACGCUAGCCGCUCUCACUGCACUUCCGGCCCCUCAGUACGAGGACGCGUCGCUCCAUCAAUCUAGUCAUAAAAGCGCGUCUCUUCUUUCUGCGUUCUUGCCCAGUAUGCAAGGUCAUGGCCCCAUCGCGAGCGCCAUGAGGAUAACUGCCAAGCUGUUCCAGCAUUCAUGGCUCCCGUAUUCUGUCACAUCCUAUCUAGGGAGGGAGACAGCAACAGUCAAGAAGAAGAAUGAUGAGAUGCAGGGCAAGGCGGUCAAGGUGAUUGACUUGUUGCAACAUGCGGCUGAGCUGGGCAACACAGACGCGCUCUACACGCUUGGAAAGAUAUCUCUCUUUCCUCCCAAUGGCUACUUUCUUUCGGAUCCGGCGUUGGGAUUUAGCGCGUUUGUUACACACGCGUCACUUACGGGCAACGCCACCUCGCAAGCAUAUAUUGGAUUCUUCUAUGCAACGGGAUACCACGGCAUCGUCCCCGUUGACCAGGCAAAAGUACAGCUCUACCUCACCUUCGCCGGCCAUGGGGGUGACAAGGGUGCACAAAUGGCUAUGGGAUAUCGUUAUUGGUCGGGUAUAGGUGUCACAGAGGACUGCUUAAAUGCUCUAGAUUGGUACGAAGAAGCUGCUGAUCAAGCCAUGGCGAAGUUCCGAGCAGGGCCUCCUGGCGGUAAGACACUGCCGUUGAUGGCACCGCGACUUUCAGACCUCGAUGGCGGCAUCUACGGACCGGGCGCAAGUGUCGCAUCUACUGGUCUGAAUGCGGCUCGACCUGUCAUUAAGACAGCGAAUGCGCGUGCUGCAGGAGAGACAUGGGACGAUUUGCUCGAGUAUUAUCUUUUCAAUGCCGACCGGGGCGAGACAGAUUUUGCAUACAGACUGGGCAAGAUAUUCUAUCAGGGCAGCAUUUACGCCGCUCCAGGUGGAGUAGCGUCAGGCGGCGACGGGGCAAGCCGUGUUCCGCGUGACCUUCAGCGCGCACGAUACUAUUUCCACCUCAUUGCACGCCAGGUGUGGCCGCGGGACCCGUCGCCUCACCAGUCUCAGUCGCAGGCGAAAGACGACAACCCUGCGCAGGCGGGUUAUGCAGCUUUAGCUGCGGGAUAUCUCGGCCGCAUGUAUCUGCGUGGUGAGGGUGUGAAGGCUGAUCCGAUGAUGGCGAAGCUAUGGUUCGAACGGGGAGCGGAAUACGGCGAGAAGGAGUGUCACCAUGGCUUGGGCAUCAUCUGGCGGGACGGAUUGGUGGAUGGACGCACGGAUAGCAAGAAGGCGAUCGCACACUUCAUAGCUGCUGCAACUCAAGAAUUAGCUGAGGCCCAGGUCCAACUCGGAAAGCAUCACUACGAGCGCGGCGAUCUUAAGCUCGCGACAACCUACUUCGAGACGGCUGUCCGGCAGGGCUCUCCGUUUGAAGCAUAUUACUAUCUGGCUGAGUUGCAAAGCUCCCAGGCAAGAAGCUCUGCAACACCCGCCAAUAUUGCUGGCAGUUCGUGUGCAAUCGCCGUAUCGUUCUACAAGCUUGUGGCGGAACGGGGCUCGUGGGAGGACGACCUCCUCAACGAGGCCGAGCUUGCAUGGAACACUGCUACUGAGAGAGGCGGUGAGAUGGCUAUGCUUAGGUGGUGGAUAGCUGCGGAGCGGGGAUUUGAGAGCGCACAGAACAACCUCGCGUUUGUCUUGGAUCAAGACAAGAGUAUCUUGCGGUUCACCAGAUUCGCUCCCAACUCCCCUUCGAACGACACUGCCAGACUGGCACUGACCCAGUGGAUGCGCUCGGCUGCACAACGUAAUGUAGAUGCCUUGGUGAAAGUCGGCGACUAUUAUUACCAUGGAUUGGGCGUUCCCGAUGAGCAGGAGGACAUCCGGUGGGAGAAGGCAGCAGGUUACUACCAGUCUGCAGCAGAUACCCAGAUGAGUGCUCUUGCCAUGUGGAAUCUAGGCUGGAUGUAUGAGAACGGUGUUGGCGUCCCUCAGGACUUCCACUUGGCCAAGCGUCACUAUGACCUUGCAUUGGACACCAACAGCGAGGCAUACAUGCCUGUCGUGCUUUCGUUAAUCAAGUUGCAUGCCCGCAGUCUGUGGCACACCUUGAUGGGCGGUGCCAAUGGAUUAAGUCUUUGGGGUGAUGGAGACGAGAGCGGCUCUUAUUAUGCGCAGCCUGAGAGUAGGGAAAUUGAGAGCGGCAAGAAGUCUGAAUUGUCUUCGGGAGAAAGGGCAGAAGACAGAGAAGAAUACGAGGAUGGCCCAUGGUAUUACGGGAAAGCGCGAGAUGACUACCGGCGCAGACGAGGCCAGGAAGCGGGUCGUCUAAAUUCAGAAGCAGAUGAUCCUGUCCAGUGGGCAAGAGACAGAAGGAUAGCUGACAGCGACCGGGAGGGCGAUUUCGGUCCUGAAGAUUAUUUCGACGCUGCCACGCGAGGGCGGAAUCGUGAGGACGAAGCCGUUGAUGAAUUCACCGAGACGAUGCUUCUGGUUGUCCUGUGUCUUAUCGUCUCUAUCCUGCUCUACAUCCGUGGACGGUGGAUGGAUCGCACGCGCCGUGAGCAGCAGCAGCCGCAACAACCACAACAGCAGCCGCAUCAACAACCACAGCAGCUGCAACAACAACCACAGCAGCAGCAGCAACAACCACAGCAGCAGCUGCAACAACAACAGCAGCAGCCGGGUGGUGGACCAGCCCCGCAGCCCCCGCCUCCAGCGAAUGACUGGGCAAUGUGGUGA